AUGCGAGUUAUUUUUGGCAUCGGAACGAAAAGUUAUGAUCAGGAGCCUCAGAGGAAUGUUGCAGCCACAGCGAAACGGGUAAGCCAUGCGGCGCUAGUAGCAUCAUCAUCAAGUCGAGCGAUACCGUCAGUUUCAAAUUAUUUGUCUUGGAGCACGGAAACUGGAACGCAGCAGUUGCAGUGUGGCGUAAAAGCAUUCAAGAGGGGUUCAAGAGAUCCAUCUAGCGUGUAA